AUGGCUUCAUGCUUGCACCAAUUUCCCGUCAUUGAUUUUGAUGCUCUCAAUCUCACGAUGGCUUACGCCCUGAAUUUUUCCGACUAUGAUGCGGAAGAGGACUUAAACUCUCGACUAUUGAACCUUAAAGUUCAUUUUCUCGUGUCUUUCGGUAUGGAAGGCUUUUGUUGCAAGUCUGUUCCAGAAUACAAGGGGUAUCCCCAUGCUCCUCCUCUACUACUGAUCAAAUCUAACUUGUUGCUAGUUAUUGCUAAUGAUCCCGAGCCUUAUGCUACCUGA